UCAGAAAUUAAAAUAAUAUAUCUAAAUAAAUUAUUAUGUAAGAUAAGAGAGACGAACACACAUACAUGGCUCGAUUGGCUGAGUAAACUGAAAGAUGGGAGGAUAUGGUUGAGAACAUGAGGAAGGUAGCAGAGAUAACUAAAGAUUUGAAUAAUGAGGAGAGAAAUCUACUCUCUAUAGCUUACAAGAAUACAGUGGGAUAGAGGAGAACUGCCUGGAGAGCAAUUACCGCCUAUGAGAUUAAGGAGAAGUAGAAGAUAGUGAAAUAUUAAGAGGUGCUCUAAUAUUACAAGGCAAGAGUGGAGAAGGAAUUGGAUUAAUAUUGCAAUGAGGUUUUGUAGUUGAUUGAUCACACUCUCUUGAAAAAGACAGCUAACACUGAGGCUAGAGUAUUUUAUCACAAAAUGAAAGGAGAUUACAAUCGAUAUAUUGCAGAAUAUUCUUAAUAAAAGGCUCAGGAGAAGGCAAUUCAACAAGCUCAAUAAGCUUAUCAAACAGCCUUGGAAUUAAUCGACAAGGACAAGUUUCCAAAAACCAAUUUAUUAAGAUUGGGAGUUACUCUCAAUUAUUCAGUGUUUUGUUAUGAAAUCAUGAGCGAUGUUGCCAAGGCUUGCGAAUUGGCUAAAACUGUAAAGGACGAAGCAAUCAAAGAGUUGGACGAUAUGGAAGAAGAUCAAUACAAGGAUGUGACCACCAUCUUGCAAUUGAUAAAUGACAAUCUUACUAACUGGCAAGCUGAGUUACCAGAUGAGGGAGGGAAGAAGUGAAUUCAUUUAACAUGAAUAUUAUUAUUAUUAUUAUUAACACAAACGUAAUUUU